AUGUCGAACCCCAAGGUCUUUUUCGAUGUCUCCGCCGGCGGCCAGCCCCUCGGCAAGAUCAUCAUGGAGCUCCGCAAGGACGCUGCCCCCAAGACGGCCGAGAACUUCCGCGCUCUCUGCACCGGCGAGAAGGGCUUCGGUUUCCAGGGCUCCGGCUUCCACCGCGUCAUUCCCGGCUUCAUGUGCCAGGGCGGUGACUUCACGAACCACAACGGCACUGGAGGCAAGUCCAUCUACGGCGAGAAGUUCGCCGACGAGAACUUCUCUCUGAAGCACACUGGACCCGGCAUCCUGUCCAUGGCCAACGCUGGCCCCAACACCAACGGCUCUCAGUUCUUCCUCUGCACUGCCGAGACCGGCUGGCUCGAUGGAAAGCACGUCGUCUUCGGCAAGGUCGUCGAGGGCAUGGAUGUUGUCCGUGCGGUCGAGAAGUACGGUAGCGACUCUGGAAAGACGUCCAAGAAGAUCGUCAUCGACGCCUCUGGCGAGUGCUAG